AUGAUCGACGCCGGGUCGACCGGGUCCCGAAUUCAUGUCUAUCGAUUCAACUACUGCAGCGGUCGCCUGCCCAGCCUCGAGAAUGAAGACUUUAUCCAGAUCAAGCCCGGGCUUUCUUCGUACGACAGCGAUGCCGAUGCUGCCGCCCAGUCGCUCGACAGUCUGCUCGACAAAGCGCUCAAGAUUGUUCCACCCGAGCUCCAGCGCUGCACGCCCGUCGCCGUCAAGGCCACUGCUGGCCUGCGGCUUCUCGGCCAGGAGAAGUCGGACCGCAUCCUCAAAAAGAUUGAAGAUAGGCUGCUCACAAAGUACCCAUUCAAGCUGAUGCCCACCAACGGCGUCGCGGUCAUGGACGGUGCCGACGAAGGUGUGUUUGCUUGGAUCACCGUCAACUACCUCCUGCGCCGCAUUGGCCAGGCCAAAAAGCAGCCCACUGCUGCCAUCAUGGAUCUCGGCGGUGGCUCGACCCAGAUCGUCUUCGAGCCCUCCACCGGUGUAAGCAUGCCCGACGGCGAGCACAAGUACGUCCUGCCCUUUGGAUCGCACAACUACACCCUCUACCAACACUCGUACCUCGGAUACGGACUCAUGGAGGGCCGCAAGAAGAUCAUCAAGGCAUCGCUCCACUCGACCAACCCCGAGAACCCUUGUCUGCCAUCGGGCCACGAGGAGAAGGUCAAGGUCGACAGCGGCGACGUGGUUGUUCGCGGUAGCGGCUCGCACUCCUUCAGCCAGUGCAGCCAAUUUGUCUCCGAGUCCAUCUUUUCAAAGUCCACAUGCACGUACGACUCCUGCUCCUUUGACGGCGUCUACCAACCCCUGCUGACGUCGAGCUUUGCCCAAAACGACAUCUACGCCUUCUCAUACUUUUACGACCGCGCUGAGCCUCUCAGCAUGCCCGCUGACUUCAAGAUCAAGCAGUUCUCGUCCGAAGCCGAGAAGGUCUGCAGCGGCUCCACCGACGUCGACGAAGUGCGCAAGGAGCCUCGCUGGUGUCUCGACAUGGUCUUUAUUCACAGUCUCCUGACGCUGGGCUACGACCUGCCUGCCGAGCGCGACAUCAAGAUUGCCAAGAAAAUCGAUGGCGUCGAGACAGGCUGGUGUCUCGGCGCCACCAUCCAUAUGCUCGACACCAUGACCAAGAGUAGCUCUGGCGUGUGCCGUGACUAG